AUGCUGAGGCAUAAGCCUGUAAUUCCUCGCCUUACUACCUCUCCUGUAAAAAAGUAUCACCCAUAUAAUUUAAGCAAACCCAAAAAAUAUGUGGAUCUCCUUGGUGGCCAGUCUGCACCUGAAUCCAAACCCUCAAUGUCCAAAAAGAAAGGACAUGAGCGCGUUCCAACCGAUGAAGUCCCCAUUCCCCAGCCAUCGCAAUGCGUCGAGAUAGCAAACGCCAGCGGCACCGUGAUGACCCAACGCUGGGGGCCUGGAAUCGCAUCUAGAGAUUGGUGGCCAGUGCCAAAUCGCCACGAUCAUGUAGGAAAUGCAAUAUCAACAGAUGCCAGCAAUGUUUCGACUCCCCCUUCAAUGCCGGCUCUAAAAAAGGAAUCACCGAAAUGGGAGGCAUCACCUCAAGGUUGGCUGGAAGGUAUCGCAGAACCCGCUCUUUCAAACCCAGACUCUGCCUUGCCCCCUACACCUUCGCGGUCAGCUUCCCAAAAAUGGGCCAAGAGAGCAUUAUGA